AAAUAACACCUCCUGUGUUCUGCAAAUCCUUUGACAUCAAGACUCAAAAAAUUUCACAGAUUCAACUCUCAUAAGCAGGAGACAUGACAGAGGAGCAACUGCAACCCGACUAUGGUGAUUACUAUGAAAAUGACAAAAAUGAUAAUUUUGAACAGCCAUGCAACAACGGCAACACAGAGGCCUUCAGUGAAGUUUUUCUUCCCACCCUGUACAGCAUAGUCUUCAUCAUUGGCUUCAUCGGGAACGGCCUGGUAGUGUGGGUCCUCAUCAGAUACCGUCGCAAAUCCAAUAUGACAGACGUGUGCCUCUUAAACCUCGCCAUCUCUGACCUGUUCUUUCUUGUGUCACUUCCCUUCUGGGCUCAUUCGGCCAUGGCUGAUUGGAUCUUUGGUAAAUUCAUGUGUCAUACCGUAACAGCCUUUUAUACACUGGGUCUUUACGGCAGUAUCUUCUUCAUGGUGCUUAUGACACUGGAUCGCUAUCUCAUCAUCGUUCAUCCACACAGUAUCUUUUCCAAAAACCGCUCUGCCAAAAUGGGUUCUUUUCUGGCUUCCUUCGUGUGGACCCUCAGCCUGUUUUCAUCUCUCCCAGAUAUUAUAAUUGCCCAUGAGUCCAAGGAGAUGAAUAAUUCAACAUAUUGCAGAUCACACUAUUCAAGUGAUGCCAUGAAGUCUUUUAUUUACUUUAAGAUAAACUUCUUGAGUCUGUUUCUCCCUCUGAUUAUAAUGGGGUAUUGUUACGCAAGGAUCAUCCCAACUCUGAUAAACCUCAAAUCACAGAAACGACACAAAAUCAUCAGACUCAUUCUGGCUGUGGUGGCUGUUUAUUUCCUCUUUUGGACACCAUACAACAUUACCCUAUUAUUUCUCUUCAUGCAGACACAAGGCUACCUGGAUUCUUGUGAGUGGGAUAAUAGUUUGAGUCUGACUAUGCAAUGGGUGGAGACUAUCGCCUACAGUCACUGUUGCCUCAAUCCCAUCAUUUACGGCUUUGUUGGAGAGAAGUUCAGAGGAGAAGUCAUAAAGGUGGUAAAGGAGCAGUUUCCCAUGUGCUUCAGACAAUGCUCAUCUUUCUCACAACAGUUAUCCGAACGCAGAGUCUCGACCUUCUCAAGAUCAACUGAAUAUUCAAGUACACAUAUGUAGUGCACUGCUGACUCAGUUUAAAAUGAUAGCAUUUAUUUUCCUUUGUUCCUGAAGUUUCUUUUUUUUUACCUGAAUGUAUUUUAGUUUUGAAGUUUUCAAAAAAAAAAAUUCUUUGAUAUGUUUCUAAGUGUUUUGUCAGCAUUAUGAAUGUAAAAGCUACAGCAUGUAUGGCUGUAAGGAUAUAAAGCAGGAUUUGACCUGUCACUAUGUGCAAAACUGUUAUGCUGUUAUCCAUGAAUCAUGCAUUUAUCAUCUAUAUUUUGUCAUUUGAUUGACUGCAUCCUCAGUUUACGAGAGUGAGGUGCAUCAGUAAGUCUACAUCUUUAGUCCACUUUUUAGUUCAUCCAGCAAAUGAAAUUAUAUGUCUAAAAACCCAAAACUUCAAUCAGUUAUAAAUGUACUGUCCUCUGAAAAUAACUUACAGCCAUUAUUGGUGCUUGGAGCACAGUUCUCUCAUACUGAUCACUGGAUGUUAAACAUGCACCUCAUGGCAAACAACUCUGAGGAUUUCAGAAUUACAAUUGUUGCUCUCCACAAAGAUGGCCCUAUAGGCUUUAAGAAGAUUUUUAAACUGAGUUACAGUGGCCAGGGCCUUACAGAGGUUUUUCAAGACUGUUUCCUCUCAGAACAGGAUACACAAAGGGUUGAUCAAAGAAGUUAAGUCCUCAUGCUGUGCGUCAGGUGCAGAAAGUUGCUUCAAAAAGAGAUGCAUGAGUGCAGCCAACAUUGCUUUACGGGUUGUAGAAGCGGAAGGUCAGAUUGUCAGACUGCAACAAUGUAAGAAGAUAUAUUAAAAUGGUUGCUGAAACGUGACGGUUGUACUGACUUUUGUGAUAUACUGUAUGUGUCUGUAUUUCGACUUAUGUCUGUAAAAGUUGACUUCUUUAAUAAAAUUGCA